GAAAUCCAGGCUGUGUCGCUUUUCUGUUUCACUUGACAUUAGCUGAGUCCAAGACCAGCCGAGCGAGACGGCUAACAAGUUUUUUUCUUUUCUUCCCCCCGUCGGUGAAAACCAUGCGUGAGUCUUGACUCACGGAAAAGCGAUCUUAGUGGCAGUUUGUGGAUUUUAUCGACUACGUCCAGCGCUGUUGCGUGGACUUGUGCCUGGGCGGCUUGCUCUUGUUCCUGGCCGGGCUGCAGCAGGCGGAGGCUGCCGCAGCCGCAGCCGCAGCCGCUGGAGCCCCCACGGCGGAGAUGGCCAACCUGAACUGGAAGCCGUUCAUCUACGGCGGGAUGGCCUCGAUCGUCGCAGAAUUCGGCACGUUCCCCAUCGAUUUGACAAAGACACGGCUCCAGGUGCAGGGUCAGUCCCAGUACAUGGAGGUGCGCUACAAAGGCAUGUUCCACGCCCUGUUCAGGAUCGGCAAGGAAGAGGGCAUCCGAGCGCUCUACUCAGGGAUCUCACCUGCGCUCUUGAGACAAGCGUCUUACGGGACCAUCAAGAUCGGAACCUAUAACUCCCUGAAGAGGCUUUUUGUCAGUCGCCCAGAAGACGAGACCAUGGUCAUCAACGUCUUCUGUGGAGUGGUCGCCGGCGUCCUGUCGUCCUCGCUGGCCAAUCCCACGGACGUCCUCAAGAUCCGAAUGCAGGCGCAGGGCAGUCUGCUGCAAGGCAGCAUGAUGUCCAACUUCAUCAACAUCUACCAGACGGAGGGCACCAAAGGCCUGUGGCGAGGCGUCAUUCCCACGGCGCAGCGGGCCGCCAUCGUCGUCGGCGUUGAGCUUCCCGUCUACGACAUCACAAAGAAACACCUCCUGCGAUCAGGCGUCAUGGGCGACACCAUUUUGACACACUUCAUUUCUAGUUUUGCGUGCGGCCUGGCGGGGGCGCUGGCCUCCAACCCCGUGGACGUGGUGCGCACACGCAUGAUGAACCAGCGGGUGCUGUCGGGGGCACCCAUGUACAAAGGCACGCUGGACGGCGUGAUGCAGACGUGGAGGAACGAGGGCUUCUUCGCGCUCUACAAAGGAUUUUGGCCCAACUGGCUGCGGCUGGGGCCUUGGAACAUUAUCUUCUUCAUCACCUUCGAGCAGUUGAAGAAGCUCCCGUUGUAAGGUGGGGAGCGAUCGUCGGGGCAGCGCCGAUCUGUCGGACUGUGUCGGCCAUGCAGCAUCUUGGGGGGGAGACACGGAAGAAAAAGUAAUACCGGGAGGGUUGUGGCACCGGCGUCUAUUCACACUCCUUUACCAGCAACUCCACCACAGCAUCAGCCAGCCUCUCCACACACUCAUACAACACCUCAUAUGUAUUUUAUUUUUUAUUUUUAUUUUUGGGGGGGGUGCUCUUUAUUUAUGGUGACGGAUUCUGUUUUUACCACAGUCAUGAGCACUGACACCAGGCAGCUACUUUUAUCAGGGCAGGAGAGAGACAGACAGCGAGUGCGCGAGGGAGUUAGAACCUGGUUACUGGGACACACCAGGUGAGUUUGAACCUCAGCUUUUCUUCAAAGAUGUUCAUCUAAAGUUACACACAUCCGAGAGGCUUGAAAUGUCUUGUCAGUUGCAUUACAAGAAAGCUGGAUAGUAAGCUACAUGUAUUUUGCGCUUUAAGGCUUGUGCGGGUCACGACUAGCAAGGAAGGUCAAGCGUGCCAAAGGUAGUUUCACUCUUAAGUAUUGCCUAUAUACCGUACUACUCUCACAAUGUCUGUGACUCUUCCAGUCUUUCCGCAUCUCUCUUGCAAUCUGCCGAUGACAAAAUAAGUCCAUGACAUCUGGAUGUUGGCCUGUUUUACUGCCACUUCUCUUCCCUCCCCCGCUUUCCCUCUGUGAUAAUAUGAGCCGUUCCUGUCAUGUCAUCAGCAGGUUGCAAUCGAGCCUGGAAGCAUCUUUUCAAGCAGGAAAGGGGGGGGGGUGGGGAGAAGGGACAAUAAAACAGGCCAAAGUCCAGACAUCAGGAACUUUCUCAUCAGCAAGUAGCAACAGACACAUUGUGGUUGGUAGUCCACAUCCAUGGUCCCAAAACAUUGAAAAUUGCUCACUUUCGAAUGAAUCGUUGCAGUUUUUGGUACCCAAACAAGCCUCGCAUAACUUGUGUGCGGGUGUGUUUGCCACAGAGUGCGGCUUCGUAUUUAAUGAUUAUUGUUUGAUGCCUAUUUAUUUUCACGAGUGGGUCCAGUCUGGCGUUUAUGUUUUAUUUUAUUUAUUUUUUGGGUCGAACACGCUUAAAUUGACGCUGCUUUCAUUCCCGCUCACGCGUCUGUUUUACAAUCAGACACGUCACUUCAGCGCCGGUCGUUCAUUCCUUCAAUCUUACAAAAGAAAAGUCUCAAUUAUACUUUUAUGGGGUUUUUUUUCAGCGUUUUCAGAUUUUUGAUUGUAGCUAUAUAAAGCACCUUUUGCCUUUUGUUGUAUUGAAUAGAAGAACUGAAAUAUACUCUAUAGGUCAUCCAAAUGUUUUUAUAAAGGCACACUCAAUUUUUGAAAACAAUGCAACAAAUUGCACUUUCGGCUCAGUUCUUUCUUUUCCUGUUGUUGUUGGUGGUGGUUUUACUUGUUGAAAUUGUUGACAUUUUAUGCUGGUGGUUUUGGAUGCAGAUUUGUUGAUUUUCAUCUGUUGUGUGU